UUGUACUGACAUUUUCCAAGACAUGAACUCCUUAUACGAGCGGUGCUUGUGAGGAUGGUCAUUUCAAACCAUUUGGCCAGGUAGUCCAUGACUUGGUUGGGUGCGAGACUCUUCAAGCACACCGUGGUGGCCGCCACCAUCUUCGGUAGCACAGUUCUCGCGCCCUUUUUGCUGCUCCUGCGAAAACAAUGUGGAGAAACUUGCAUCGGUGGCGCUCUUGUGCUGCUUACGGCCGGCAGCGCUGCGCUGUUGGGCGCGGCCGCGUGCCGUGGCCUGGACCGAGGCUCCAUGUCGACCUGCAAGUGGCGCUUGGUGGUGGCCUCGGUCUGGGUUUUCAAUCCCGUGCCCCUCGCGGCUAUUGGCCUCGCGCUGCGCUGCUAUGAGAUGGCCUGGUGGAGUGCCAUGCCCUUGGCGGUGGUCCUGGCGUUGCUUUCCGGGCGCACACGGUUGACCAACAGCGACCCUGAUUGGGUUCAAGAGGGAUGCCCCCUAUCGCCAGCGCUGCUGGUCCACUGGCUUUUCUCACGAGUGAUCUUCGUGGGGAUGCCGAUGCUGCUGGUCUCGCUGCAGGUGGACCUUUGCUUGCCCUACAGCUGGAUGUUCCCCCAGAGUGCGAUGGUGGGCCUUUUAGUCUGCGGAGGUUGCGUGCUGAUAUCGCUCAAGUUCUGUGUGAUGUGCCAUUGCUUGGCCAGCCAAAGGCUCGCGCAGGCCUUGGUGCUGGUGCUCCUGCUGGCCUCUGAUUGGAUUAGCUCACUGCACCUGAUGGACUUGGUCACCGACGAUGCCAAGGACUCCAUGCUUCUUUACCUCCUGCUCGCUGCAGGCGUUGUGCAAUUGAAGAGUUCGCUCAGCAGGCUUAGCCUGCGCUCGCGCUGGGCACGGGCCUGGCGAGCCCGGCGGGCGAGGCAGAUGGGAAGCGAGCUGGCAAGCUCAAUGACUGUGGAGUCCUCCGACAGCGACAACGAGCAGGGGCACAGCAGUCUGCCUGAAAGCUUUCAUGAGGCAUUGGUCGCCUUGCUGGGCUUCAACGUGAGGCAAGAGCCCUCCAGUCGGCAGUUCCUCUGCGGCGUGCGCCUGGCAGUGCCUCAAAAUCAGCCGCCAGACAUCCCUGCACCAACCCCGGCGCCGCAGGUGGCACCGGCGCCUGCUGCGCCCCCCGGUGGCACCCCCGCGAGCGGUCCGACGGGAAAUCCGCCGGCGGCCAGUCCGCAAAGCACAGGCACGGAGCCGCCUCCGCCGGUUUUGCUGCCCCUGGAGAUCUCGUCAGAGCACGAGAAGUGUGUGGUGUGCAUGGAAGAAUUCCAGCCCGGCGACCGGGUGAGGCCUUUGCCCAAGUGCGCACACGUCUUUCAUGCCAGCUGCCUGGAGCAGUGGAUCAUGACCGGCAACAGCCGGGAGGCGACGAAGUGCCCGAUGUGCCGGCGCCCGGCGCUGGCCCGGAAGCAAGAGAAGGGCUCCACGAAGCUCUCGGAGCUCCAUGUGGAGCCGACGGUUCCGUCCGGGCGCAACAGCCGCGAGGGCCGGCGCUCACAGAGGUCGGACCAACCGGGGGAGCCACGUGCGCCGCGCACGCGGAGGCCGCCCCGGCGGCCGAACCGCUCCCAGCAGCUCGCCGUCCUGAGCUCGAGCCUGGGUGUCUCAGAGCUCAUGGCACAGGUGGCUUUGGACAUCUCCGGCUCAGGCCCCGGGACGGCGGCGAACCUGCUUUUGGAGCAUCGUUCGGUGCUGGAGAGCGAUUACACACGAGGACGCGGGCGCGGGCCCUUUCCGCUGGAAGACGCCGUGCCUCACGUCGUGGCGGCCAGCCCAUCGCUGGUGGGCGCAGAGGUCUUCCUGGCGCGGCAGCUGCGGCAGAUCGCCGCGCAGCACGCGCACCUGGCGAUGCCCUGGAUGCGGCUUUCGGCGCAAGCGCAGGAGGAGGUCUUCCGGGAGUUGCUGCUGGACGUGCAGCGGCGCGUGGAGGCGCGCGCCGAGCGCAUCCAGACGGCAGGAGCGCCAUAUUCCUCCGUCCGGCAACCGGAGCGAGGCUGAGCGUCUGUACAAAACGGGCGGAGCGUCCGCACCUCGAGCCGCGAGCCGAUCCCGAGGAUUUGAGGCUCAGCGGACCCGGGGAAUGGAGGACCCCGUCUGCGAGGAGAGGACCCCUCUCUUGACUGUUCCGUUCCGUUUGGAUGAACGCACCUGGAACUCUGACCUGGGAGGGUGCAGGUUUUCAGAUUGUGUCCCGGUUUCAAAGGUCAACAUGCUGGGAAUGGACAUGGCCGAACAGGAACCCAACAAGACAUGCCGAUGCCAAGCCCAAUGCGACCCAACUCCGAUUUCAGAUGGCACAUCCUUGGUUCACAGGUUCCCCUCCCCGCAGCAAGUCUUCGAGGUUUAAGUCACUCCUUAGAUGACCUGGCUGGAGUCCACCCCGGCUCCGGGGCAGCCUCUCGCUGGUGUGCCGAGUGCCCAAAAAGAGUUCUGCGAGGGGCUGCGUUGAGGUGAGGGUUGGGAGUUGGACGUUUUGGGAGAAUUGGUU